AUGACCGCUUCAUCUUCCUCAUCGAUAACGAAAUAUGGCAAGGUACUUCCUAUAGCUGGACUUUUAUGCUUUGUUGGAGCCAUGACGCUGGAUUAUAUCCACAAAGGGAGUCUUUCUCUUCCUCAAGGGGCUGAUCUGAAUGGACGAAAGAAAGAGGACGGUUCCUCGUCAUCCUAUUCUUCCAUCCAAGAAAAGGCCUCUCGCCCGCUCGAGCACGAUUCCUUAUUUGACUAUGAAGGAACCAAUAUUGCAACACUAGAAAACAGCGUGGAAGCAAUCACAGCACGAUUACAGCCCCGGCGUUUACAGCUGGAGGAAAACAAAGCCAUCUCCCAUCAAAUUCUACAUCUCCACAAUAUGAAGACAGGAGGAACUUCCAUUGACAAACGAUUGAAUUGCGCCAUCAAGCGUAUGAGCGCUGACUACAAUGUGACGAUACCUCGGUACAAUAUUCACGAAUGCUGGCGGAGGGUGUAUCGAGAAUGCAUGGCGAAUUCCACAAACCCAUGUCGACAAGAAAUAAAAGAUGCCGCUGUGAUGAGUUUCUGUGGACCUUUGCAAAACGUGGAAAUGUUGGGCUGGGCUGGUCAAGAUAGACCAGAAGUCGCCGUGGUUACCAUGCUACGGCAUCCCGUGGAACGAGUUUGGAGUCAAUACAAGUACCAGCUAUCCAAUUGUUAUCGAUGUAAAAACUUGACUUUUGUGUACGAGCUAUUUGAUAGUGGUGACUGGCCCGGAUACGAUAACCUGUGCAUGUCUCAUCUAAAGGACAAACAGGUCCGAAACCUCGUUUCCAGAGACUUGCCAGCAGAUGCCACAGACGAGGAGCGAGUCAACGAUGCUAUUGCCAAUAUGAAAUCAAAGUUCACGUUGGUAGGGAUUACCGAACAAAUGGAAGCCACGGAAGCUCUUUUGGUGAAUGCCUUUCCGUGGCUGGAUGGACAGUUGGAACGCAGCAAUGCUAGUUGUACCAUGCAGCACACCAAUAAGUCACCCAGGAAUAAUGGAUGCAUCAUAGAUAGGGCAACAAAGCAAAUGAUGCACAUGCCUGUAUUACAGCAUCCAGAUAAUGAAACCCGAAGGGUGAUUGAAGAGCACAAUCAAUUAGACAUGAAGCUCUACGAAGCGGCACUUCAGCAUUUCGAGGUGCUAAAGCAAGCGAUUGGGUAUAAGGGAUAA